UUUAAUGUUGCUUUCAUUCUCAAACAGGUAGUGGGACAAAUAGAUCACUUGACCUCUGAUCUAAAUCUGUCCGAGGAUGCAAACAAGAGUUACAAAAGUGACACCCUUGACAGCAGCUCCAGUGGAGUGACUGUGUCUACUCUGGAAAAAUCCAAAGAUCGACCAAAAAUGAUUAACAGGACUGCACCAACCACAACAGCUGUACUGACAGUGCUUCGUAAAUCAAAACCUCCACCCCCACCACCACGGAGAACACCAGUCAGGGUGAAGAGUCCAGCAAAAACAUCUUCUAUAAGUAACAGUCUCAAAAUAAAUGGUGCCUUCAUCCACAAUGGAGCACAUUCACCCGCAGACCAACUAAUGGGCAAUAAUGCAACAUGCAGUUCAAAUGUUGACAAACUUUGGGUGCAAGAGAAUCAAACGGACAACAUUGGUGGUGCUGGUGAAACCAAACCAUUGACAAACACUGUUCAGAAUAGCCAACGACCUUCAAAAUAUAGCCUUUAUCCCACUUUCAACACCAAAUAUGAACUCCCUGUUCAACAGAAGGAUGUGAGCACUGCUAAUGUCCAUUGUUGUACUAGAUCACAGCUUCAUCCCUGUCUAGACAGAAGAUCACCAAUAUUCUGUAACACCAGUAUCUCUACAACAAGUGUAGGCACAAGUUCACAUCCAAAGAAUCCACGGACAACAGUGAGAAAACAUACUUCCACAACUGUUUGAAAGAUUUGGGAAGAAAGAUUUUAUAGUAGAUCUGCUCAAUAGAGUUCAAUUUUCUACCAUCUUGGAAUGUUCAGAUCAAUAAACAAGCAAGUAAGUAGUAACAAUGUUGCUGAAAAAAAUACCCUGCUACAUAAUCUGAUGACCUCAUGAGAGGAAUGACUGGUAUUACCCAGUUCCUAUUCUUAAAUUGAUUUCCUUUGAAGCUAAACUAUACCCGACUGAACUGGGAUACAGAAAGAAGAAUAAUCUUUCCCUGUUCCCAGAGUUCCUGAUGACAUUGGCAUAAGCUGAGCAUGUCUUCACAGUUGCUGGUAGUCAUUCAGUACCUUACCCCAAAGUAUUGUCAUUCAUGAAUGUAGAUUGGUUGUCUUGUGAGGAAAGAUUGAACAGUCUGGUCUCGUUUACACUGGAGUUUAAAAGAUUUUAUUGAAGUUCAUAAGAUCCUAAAUAGCCUUAGCUAUGUGGACAUGGAAAAGAUGUUUAUUCUUUUGGGUGAGUCCAGAACAUUGCUUUAAAAUUAGGAGUCACCCUUUGGGAUAGAUGAGGGGAAAUUUUUCUAUCAAAGAGUGGUGCAACUUUGGAACAAUGUGCCUCAUAAGACAUUUGGAUGUAUGGUCAUUGAAUAUUUUUAAGACAGAAGUACAUUGAGUUGUUAGACAUAGAAUCAAAGAUUUUCAGGGUGGGGGUGCAGGUGGAAAUGGGUAAUUUGGAACACAGGUUAGCCAAGACCUUGUUGAAUAGAAGAGGAAAAAUUGAAUGGCCUAUUGGUGCUCCUAAUUCACAUUCUUAUGAAUGAGCCUAGAAAGUAAGUCAUCAAUGACAGUUGAAAAAUGUGGUGCUGGAAAAACACAGCAGGCCAGGCAGCAUCCGAGGAGCAGGAGAAUCAA